UUGGCCACACUCCCUUUAUUAUUUCCAAAAUGAGCAACUAAAAAACUGCUAAUUAAAGAAGCUUAGCCAGAAACUGCAGACAAAAAACAGAAAACACUAUUAUCAAACAUGAGGAUGUCAAGGAAAAAAUUUCUUGGCACAGUUCGAAAGAAGCUUUACCAGCCAUCUCCCCCUCAAAAAACAACUAUCAUUAUUGUCCAUAACAACACCAUUACUAAUAGGGUUAGCAGUGCAAAUGCUCAAUCUGCUGCAGAUAAUAGUGGCAUCCAUUUUCUGUCUAAAGAGGAGAUGGCGGCCAUUGCUAUCCAAUCUUAUUUUAGGGGUUACCUUGCAAGACGGAUGUUUAAGGCAUUGAAAAGCCUAGUGAAGCUUCAAGCAGUGGUACGUGGAGUAUGUGUAAGAAGACAAGCACGCAUUGCUCUCCAUUGUAUGCAGUCCCUUGCACGUUUGCAGGUCACAGUCCGAGCUCGACAACUCCUCAGCAAUUCUGAUGACUGACCAUAAUUACAUUAUUUGUGUAUUUUAAUGUGUUGUAGCAGACUAUGUUAUUUUCUAGGUUAGAUUAUCACUUAUUACGGUCAGGAAAAAUAUGG